AUGGCCUCUAUUGCUCGCUCCAGCCUCAGAUUGCGUUCGGUGACGCGGGUGCCGACUGCCCGCACCAUCAGCACCACCCCGCACCUUCGUGCGGCGGCGAAGCCCUUCUUCGCUGAUGAGCCGACUGCCCCCAAGUUGGCCACCGCCAUCCCGGGCCCUAAGAACAAGGCUGCCACAGCUGAACUGGACAAGGUCUUUGACGUGCGAAGCUUGAACAUGCUUACUGAUUAUUCCAAGUCGAUUGGUAACUAUAUUGCUGAUCUGGAUGGAAAUGUCCUCUUGGAUGUCUAUGCUCAGAUUGCUUCGAUCCCUGUUGGCUACAACAACCCCCACCUCACUAAAGUUGCUCAAUCGCCCGAGAUGAUUACCUCUUUGAUCAACCGUCCAGCCCUGGGCAACUUCCCCUCUGCUGACUGGGCUAAUAUCCUGAACACUGGUAUCCUCAAGGUGGCCCCCAAGGGCCUGGACCAGGUCUUCACGGCCAUGGCCGGAUCUGACGCCAACGAGACAGCCUACAAAGCCGCUUUCAUGUACUACCGUCAGUUGCAGCGUGGAGGUCCCGAGAAGGAGUUCACUGAGGAGGAGCUGAAGACUACCAUGACGAACCAGGCUCCAGGCUCUCCCCAGCUGUCUAUCAUGUCAUUCAAGUCUGGUUUCCACGGUCGUCUCUUUGGCAGUCUGUCCACCACCCGCAGCAAGCCCAUCCACAAGCUCGAUAUCCCCGCCUUCGACUGGCCCCAGGCGCCUUUCCCCUCCCUCAAGUACCCGCUUGAGGAGCAUGCUCAGGAGAACGCCCAGGAGGAACAGCGCUGCCUCCAGGAGACGGAGCGGUUGAUCAAGGAAUGGCACAACCCUGUCGCCGCCGUCGUUGUCGAGCCCAUCCAGUCCGAGGGUGGAGACAACCACGCCUCGCCUGCCUUCUUCCGUGGCCUGCGCGAGAUCACCAAGCGUAACAACGUUCUUUUCAUCGUCGAUGAGGUGCAGACCGGUGUUGGUGCCACUGGCAAGUUCUGGGCCCACGACCACUGGAACCUCGAGACCCCUCCCGACAUGGUCACCUUCUCAAAGAAGGCCCAGACCGCCGGUUACUACUACGGUAACCCCGCCCUGCGUCCCAACAAGCCAUACCGUCAGUUCAAUACCUGGAUGGGUGACCCCGCUCGUGCCCUCAUCUUCCGUGGUAUCAUCGAGGAGAUCGAGCGCCUGAACCUCGUCGAGCACACCGCUCAGACGGGUGACUACCUGUACUCUGGUCUCCAGCGCCUUGCUGAGAAGUACCCCGAGCAUCUGCAGAACCUCCGUGGCAAGGGCCAGGGAACCUUCAUUGCCUGGGAUACCCCCAAGCGUGAUGAAUUCCUUGGCAAGGCCAAGGGUGUCGGUGUUAACAUUGGUGGAAGCGGAGUGAAUGCUGUCCGCCUCAGGCCCAUGCUGAUCUUCCAGCAGCACCAUGCUGAUAUCCUCCUGGAGAGCAUCGAGAAGAUUAUCAAGCAGCUGUAA